AUGGAUGAGGAACAACUAUCAAGCAAUACUACUAGCAAUCUGGAGGGAGAUAAUUUUCCUACAAACAACCAGGGCAAAGCUAAAACAGCUGGGGGACUAGUUCUUGCUUGGAAAACCAACCUAGAUGUAACCAUUGAGGAUUUCUAUGACCAUCAUAUCAAUGCCAUCAUUAAACAUUUACAUGGUGAACCUUGGCUAUUUACUGGUUACUACGGGAGUCCCUUUACUACUAAUGAUAAAUUACACUCCUGGAGUAUGAUUGAAAAAACCUUUGCUGCUAACUCCUUACCUUGGUUGAUUAUGGGAGAUUACAACUUUGUCCUUCAUGAUCAUGAAAAAUUUAUCCAGCAUCCCAUCAAUCAAGCUGAAACUGAUAUUUUCCUAAACAAGAUAGAAGAAGAAAAUCUCUCUGAUCUAAGCUACACUGAAUGCCCUUUCACUUUGACUAACAAGAGAUCUGGUACUCAGCUCACAGAACAAAGACUAUAUAGAGGCCUAGCUAAUGAAGCUUGGCUAGACAACCACCCAAAUACCACCAUCUCAAACCUCACUGCCUUAAGCUCUGAUCAUAACCCAAUCAUUCUCAAUACCAAUCCUAGCUGGAGACAUGGUCAAAUCCCCUUCAGAUUCUUUGGUCCCUGGCUUGAUCAUGAAGACUGCAAAAGCAUUAUAGCCGACUGCUGGAAGAUAACUCAUAAAGGAUCUCUAGCCAUAAAAAUAGCAAGGAAAUUAAGAGACAUCAAAGUCAAGCUAAAUAAGUGGAAUAAGGAAGUCUAUGGAAACAUCAAAACUAAUUUAGAAGAUUGCAUCAAACAUCUGGAUUGGAUAACAAAAAAUCAGUUUACUUCAUCUAGAGGAGCAAAGCUAAAAGAAGCAAGAAUUCAGGUGGCACAUUGGCAACAUGUGCAAGAAUCUUUCUGGAAGACCAAUAGAAGAGACCUAAAUAUCAAUCUUGGAGAUAAAAAUACAGGAUACUUCCACAUUGAUGAUAAGAAAAUAUAUAUGGGGAAUAUGAUUGAUUCUAUCCAACAAGAAGAUGGUACUUGGAUCCAUGAUACUGUUGAGAUUACCCAAACUUUCACCAAUCAUUUUGCCAAGAUGGCCACUGAAGAACCCAUCAAUAUCAAACCCUUCAUUAUAAAGCUCAUACCCACCACAAUUACUACCCAAGAGAAUCAUAACCUUAUCAGAACACCUGAACCCAUGGAAAUCAAAAACAUUCUCUUCAGCAUGACUGGUGACAAAGCUCCAGGUCCUAAUGGCUUCCCCCAAAACUUUUUUCAAGCCAACUGGGACAUUAUUUGCAAGGAUGCACCGGCUAUAAAUCACCUGCUCUUUGCUGAUGACUGCAUGAUAUUCUGCAAAGCUAAUCUUCAGGAAUGCAAUAAUCUCAUUCAGAUUUUUAAGGAAUUUGGUCAAUCCCCUGGACAGUUGAUAAACUUCUCAAAAUCUGGUAUCUUCUUCAGCAAGAACAUUGCCCCGGACAUUGCUGAUAACAUCAAUAAUACUUCGAAGGUUCAAAGGAUUAAUCCAACAGACAAGUAUCUGGGUUCCCCUCUGUUCACCACAAAAAGAAAGAUCCAAUCUUUCAAGCCUUGUGUAGACAAGCUUAAAUUCAGAUUUGCUGGAUGGAAAACAACUCUCUCUACUGCUGGAAAAAUGACAAUGAUUCAGUCUGUCACUUCCACAACUAGUAUAUAUCAGAUGAACUGCUUCAAAAUUCCAAAAACCAUCUGCAAUGAGAUCAAUGCCAUUCAAAGAGACUUUUUCUGGAAUAAAGAACAAGACAAAUCCAAAGGAGUCUAUUACUUUGCUUGGGAUGCAGUAAACAAACCCAAAGAAUUAGGAGGUCUGGGAUUCAAAAACAUGGAAAUAUUCAAUAUGGCUAUGCUUACUAAAAUUGAUUGGAGACUUUUCCCAGAGCCAGACUCUCUAUGGAGCAGUACUAUGAAGGCAUCCCACUAUCCCAACACUGAAGUCAUAAGAUUAGAUACCAAACCAAAGGCCACAGACUCUUGGAUCUGGAAAGGAAUUCUGGAAGGCAUAGCUCUUCUCCAACAAUAUUACAUUUGGAAGGUGGGAAAUGAAGUGAACAUACAUAUUUUGGAAGACCGAUGGGUCACUAACCUCCCAGGGAGACUUCAAAAACCAAGCCUCUGCCCAGAGAAUCUCAUAUCUGUUAAUCAGCUCUUCAAUACCCAUGGGGAUUGGGAUAUCAACAUUAUAAACCAAUGGUUCUCACCUGAUAUUCAAAACCUGAUUAUUCAAACACCUCACUUCAUGGAUGAAAAGGAUGAAAUCAGAUGA